AUGUUCUACAGCCACGACAUCCUCUCUCGGCGCAAGACGGGACUCGGCAUCGUGUGGCUCGCAGCCACUCUCGGAGAUCGAAGCGUCGUUCGACGUCUCAGCCGCAGAGACAUUCUCAGCGUCAACGUCCGCAAAGCGUGCGAGUAUGUCAGCCAUCCGACGGAGCCGCUGGCGCUACGACUGUCGAGUCAGCUCAUGUACGGCGUGGUCAAGCUGUACGGCCACCAGACCGAGCUGCUCUACCAGGACGUGUCGAACGUGCAUAGCGAAGUUCGGCGACACGUUCUUGCCGGCGGUAGUUUUGAUCUCGAGACGAAAAACAUCGACAUGCGUAGACCGGUCAGGAGCGUAGAUGCCAUCACACUGCCUUUGGAUCUGGCAUUCUUCACACUCGACUUUGAUGCGACGAGCGGAUUGAUGUACAGGGUGAGCGUGGAGCCGCCGGAGAGACGGGAGAUGCUGGAGGAGGCGCUCGGAGACGGGUUCAGGACACCGACGCCAGUCUCGUUCAUUGCGGAAGAGGGGAGGAUCACAUUGCCGGGUAGAGCGUUUGAAGAGGACGAGCUGGGACUGCCCCGUGGGUUUGGCGAGGGAGAAGAGUUCUAUCCCAUGUUUGGCGAAGGUGACUACGACGAGGAAGAGAUCGAAGGGCUCGACUUGGGUCUCGAAGGCAUCGAGAGACCAGAGGCCUUUAUCCCAGGCGCACCCGAAGGCAUCCAGCGACGCGAAGUGGGCGACGAGACCGCUGCCACCAUCGGACCGCUGGUCGAAUGGCCAGAACUCGAAGAGAGACUCGCCGAAGAAGCUGCACGUAUGGAGAUCGGCCCCAUCAUGGAGGGCGUCCCCACCGUUGUUCCUGCUCGUCGCCCUAGAGAUGAAGAGGAGGAGACGGCCGAAGUGGAAGCUCUCCUCGCUCCUGCCGUUCGACGCCCGCGGCCGCCACCUCGACCCUUCGAUGACCCCGAGACGAUGCUAAGCGAUGCAGAGAUGCGCGCUGCACGGGCCGACUAUCCGUUUCGCAUGGCAGCCCACCGUUUGGCCCAGCAGACUCGUAAACAGACGCGAGCAGCCGAUGCCGCAGUUCGUCAAGCCAUGUUUGGCCCACCCGAGGAUCUCUCGCUCCACCCGAUGCUGACUGAAAUGUGGCAGAUGACCGUGGGAGAGCAUCUGCAGUCCCGACGAGCUCGACUGCGGGAGAUGCGAGCUGAAGCGGUACUCUCUCCGAUCGACGAGGCUCCUCCUGUCCCGCCUCCUCCCACACCUAUGGAUCUGGACGAGCAGGAAGUGGGCGUGGCGCGAGCGGCCGUCGAGCCCGAGAUUCCAGCCGCCCUCCGAGGCGCUCGAGAGUCGCUGCCCUGGAACGUCUUUAUGGAGCACCGCCGUCGAUCGUCCAUGAUGCCGUCUAUCUCACACGAACGCGAAACGACGCCGCUGCGCCUGCGCGAGGUCUCGGUCGAAACGCCCACUGGACUGCGACGACUGCCUCCGCUCGAGUCACCACUCUUCCCUCCCGCAUCACCUUCCACCGCGGUCCCAUUCGACGACUUUUACCAGCCACCCCUCUCGCUGCCCGGCACGCCAUCCGUCGAACGAAUCAGGCUGGGCCUGCCCACCGCCCCUGCCGCGCCGGCGGAACGCUCCCCGACGCCUCCAUCUCAGAUCUUCGAGGAAGACAUGGAGGAAGAGACACGCAACUUUUACGAAUACGCUCGAUCCAUCCGUCAGCAGCUCGAGGAUCCCAACUUCUUGUUCUUCAGCGACCUGGCGCCUGUAGCGUCUAGCACGCCGGCUGUGGCUGCUCAGGCUUUCUAUCACACAUUGGCUCUGGCGACGCGCGGCAGAUUGAAGCUUAAGCAGGACGAGCCGUACCAAGAGAUCCGUAUCACGCUUGUCAAUCCCUGA